CGGAAUUGUUCUUGAACUUUAGUAGACCCGGGAGCCGGAAGUAUCUACAAAAAUAAGACUUCGGACCCAGUGGAUGUCAGGGACCUGAUGUACACGAUGUGCAGGCUACUCAUACACCUGUCUCUAAAGGUCCCGAGCAACACUGCCCGAAUUCAGCCUAGUAACGGUCCAGACAAGUACCGCCCUUCAAACCUUCAUCGGCAACCCGAACGUGAUGAGUACAGACACAACACCCACGAGAGUCAUUACUAUCGGUAUAGGGUACGUCGCAGUGCGCUGUGAUGAUGAAGCCUCUUUUGCACUCAUAGAUGGAAAUAAAGUGGGGCGACGUGUUCCGGAAAGACGAAUCUGGCGAAACAUCUUCAAAAUUGUCUGCACAACAGCUUUAUCAUUCACCAGGAUGUGCGUGAUAAUUCCUCCUGGAUAAUUCUUCUUUUCAACGAUCGUUGCACCUUCUUGUAUGUGCUAGGAUUUCCUACCGCCCACCGAAAUGCUUCCCGUCGAUCCAGAUUUUGGGUUUCCACACUGUGACGAUGCUCCCAGCGCUAUUGACUGGGAUCGCAUGACGUCUUUCCUAUCCGAUGUGAAAAGGACAGGCUUCCUUCCUUCAAACCACCAAUCCUAUGCCAAUCUCCUCGAAUCCCCUGAAGUUGUGCCUAUCGACGAUCACAAACUCAUACCUGAAUGGAAGACACAAAGCAAAAACCUUGCAUUGCAGCAUCUGGAGAAGUACGGCGAGAAGCUUGUUUGGGUGUUGGUUGACGGUUUCCUACUAUACUGGGAUGAGGUGAGGGCCAAAGUGUAUUCACUCACGCGACUAAGAGGACCGAUGCAUCAUGCAAUCAUGGAGCGCCUAGUCUCUAGCCUUGACGUACGUUUCUUUCUUCGUGUGCCGGAAGAUCUCGCCAGGGCCAGGCGUGAGGCUCGGGUAUAUCACACACCCGAGGGAUAUAUCUGGCAUGACCCUCCUCAGUACUGGGAGAGGGCAGCUUGGCCAGGUUAUAUUCAAGCUCAUAAACACAUGUUCGAGGACGGAGAUGUCACGAAUGGACAACUGAGCGGAAAGGUGGAGGAAUUGGUGCUAAUCGAGAGUACGGAGGUGGUAAUGACGGACAUGGUCAAGAGGGUAAUGGAGAAAGUAUUGAAUGUUUCUGCGGGAGUAGGGAGUAAACGUUGCAUGAACUGAGGAAAGAAGGUCGAUGGUAGCAGCGGUGUCGGUGAACUGACCGUCCGGGAAAUCUUAUCUCACCACCUAGCUGCUCAAACUCCCGAUAAUUAAUGCAAGAGAGAAGAUCAUGAAGGGAACAGGCUCUAGAGUUCCCAGAAGGAUCCGGAACCACCUUGAAGGAUACGAGAUGAUUGACUCGAGAUUAACAAAUUUGCGACGACAUGUUCUUCAACACCGGGGCAGAUCACUGACUCGAGGGUGCUCAGGUUACCUGUAACACACUGAGAGUCGGCCGCUUUUGCUUUUCCCUACAGGCUCCUCAUAUACUUACAAUUUGCUCGUAUUAUGUCUAGAUUGAGGCAG